AUGGUUUCGACUCCAGAAUUAAAAAAAUAUAUGGAUAAAAAGGUCAUGUUAACAAUAAAUGCUAAAAGGAAAAUUGCAGGUGUAUUAAAAGGUUAUGAUCUAUUUUUGAAUGUUGUUCUUGAGGAUGCCAUCGAAAUUAUACAGCUAAGUAAUAGUCAAGGCUCGCCUAUCCAUAACAAUUUGGGUCAACAGACUGUAGUAAGAGGGAAUUCUAUCAUAGCAAUGGAACCAUUAGAUACAGUAAUAUAG